UCGACGUAACGUCGCGCGCUCUGCAUCUGCUCAGUGGUGGCUUUGUGAGAACCGACGCAGAGAUGUUUGGGCGGUCGAGUCGGGCCAGUUAGGAAAAAAGGAAGUGAUUUUCACGGUUGCAUAUGAGACACUGAAGCAGAGAGCCAUGCAGCGUUCACCAGAGGAUCACACUGAAUCCAGCCCAGUGGUCAUGUCUGCUGCAGAGCAUCAACAGGACACAGAGGCUCAACCGACCCAAAGCAAACCAGUUAAUCAAGAGGGGAAGGACAAACCAGAUGCCCCUUCUCAGACCACCACCACACCUACAAGUAUGAGCCUAAAUCCUCCCCUGGAUAAGGAGCCUGGUGUCCAGUCCCAGGCAGAGUCCAGGGAAAAUGCUGGAAAGGCAGAUACAGACCCUACUGCAAAGCCCAGUGCCCCACCAGGACCGGCUGCUGAGAGUGAUGGGCAGGGAGUAAAAAAACAAGGCAAAGGUUCGAGCGAUGGGAGGAGAUAUGUUUCUUCCAGGGACACCAUGAUCUCUGACAUGUCAGAGUCAGAGGUCAUGGAUCUCACAUCAUCUCAGAUCUCUCUGCAUUGCAUAGAGUGCCAUAUAAUCUUCAGUGACCUCAAAGGCAAAGAACGUCACAUGAAGCACAGCCACCCCGCUGAGUAUGAGCAGUGCAUCCUGAGGAAUUCGCUUUUUGCCUGUUAUGUUUGCGACCGCCACUUCACAAACUCAACAGAGCUCUUGGCCCACCAGAAGGCCCACCCAGACAAGAAACCCUUCAAGUGUCCGAUCUGCAGUCAGUCCUUUAAGAAGUCAUCAGAGCUAACGGCCCAUAAAAAGAUUCAUUUUGGUCAGGACGGGUAUGCCUGCAAGGACUGUGGCAAGACUUGCAAGACGCUGACAUUGUUAAAGUAUCAUCAGCGCAAGCACUCAGGAGAGACACCUUAUGUUUGCAAGGAUUGUGGAAAGAGGUUCCCCUUAUCCAAAGCUCUGCAAAAGCACAUUGACUCACAUUCCUUAGAUGGAGCUGAAGUGGUUGAAGUGGAUACAGUGUCGACAGCAGCAACGAAAACAAGCAAAGCUGACGGUGCUUCUCGCAGGGUUUACAUUUGUUCUGUGUGCAAGGCCACUUUCAAGAGUCUCAGAACACGGCAGCAGCAUCUGAUAACAAAGCACAAAUUUGACGCAAUCACUAACCCUUUUCGAGCUGGGCUACAAAAUACCCCUCUUAUAAGUCCAAUAUCUAUUUCCCAACCAGCGCUAUUGCAAGUGGAACCCAACGGACCUCUGCAAAAAGUCGACGCCAAUAUUGACACUGAGCAGAUUCGGAAACUUAUUGAAUCGUUGGGAAAUGUGCAGAAAGUAAAUAAAGUUGUUAUACUGGGGCAGGUGCCACCAAAUGCCCCACCACUGCAGGUGCAGCAGGUGUCAGAACCAGCAGCAAUGGCUGAUUUGAAUCUGGGCCCACCACAGACAGAUUUUACUGGACUCAAACCGGCAGGAUCUAAGACACUUCAACUGGACACUUUAGUCAGCCCAAUGGAUCAAACAAUUAUACUGGAGCCUAUUACUCCAGAAGGACAGCUGGAAACCCCCUCCUUCUCAGAGCUGGGCUCCCAUGUAGCUGCAGAAGAGCGCGUAGAGUUGACACUCAUUCCAGCUGAACAAACUGAAAGACUCGAAGAAGCAGCAAUACAUCAGAACCUUCAAAAGCCUGAAAUUAGUCCAAUGAACUAUGACCCUAGUCUUUGUCAGAAUGAGGUAGCUGAUCUCAAGGAAAACCUUGAACAAACGUUCAUUUUAGAACUUACCCCUGCUUUAAUGCCUGCUGCGGAGCUCGAACAGUCUCAAAGUGAACCACAAAAUGGGAUUAUUUCCUCUUCUUUGGUUCAAAGCACAGAGCAGGAAACUCCUGAUCCGGCUCCAAGUGACACUGUAGAAGAUGCAAAAAAGGCCAAGAUACCAGUCCCACCACUCACACCCACAGUUGAGUUGGAACUUACAUCAACACACUCAGAGGAACAGGACCUGUCGUCUUGCCCUUCUGCUCCACCAGAAACAAUCAUACAAGCUCCAAGUGAAUCUGAAGCAAAGGAAAAUACACAUUCAGAUACAGAAAAAGUAGGUCUAGAUCAGAUGCCUGCUAUUAAUGAAAAGACGAAAGAAAAGGACGAACAGGAUGUUUCUGAAAAAUUUCCAGCAGAAGACAAGAGCAGCUUGUCUACAGACCCUCAAGUAGAAACUCCGUCAAAAUUAGAGUCUAAAGAGGACCAGCAGAAAUCAGAGUUACCUGUGAGCGUCAUGUCAGCCCAAGAGUUAGUGAAGGUGCGGAAAAGAAAACCUGCUAGGACCUUUUUCUUUCAAGGAUAUAUGCAUGACCUGGUUGGAUCCAUAUACAGGGACGAUUUUCAGAUUGAUGCCAAGCCUGCGAAGCGCCAGCGGACUAAAAAGUCUUGUCUUGUUGUCAAAUUUGGCCCACAAGGCAAGGACAAGAAAUCCAAAAAACAGAAGAAGCCUGAACAAGAACAAACGCAGACACAAGACAAUUUGAUAAAAAGUAAAACAUCUCCUAAAAAACCUCCAGAGAAAGUACAGAAAGUACAAACACCGAAGAAGACCGGAAAGGGGAAAAAGGAUAAGACUGAGAAUACGUCAUCAGGAAGUGACACAAAAUCACCUUCAACUCAUACUCCACAGGUGAAACAAGUCAAAGACGAUGCCAAGAAGAACAAAAUGAAAAAACAGAAAGAAACCAAGGAAGAUGUAGUGCAUAUCAGUAAGCAGAAACCUGUAGCUAUGCUUAAAAAGAAAAAAGCAGCAAAAAUAUUACAAAAAGAUCAACCUAAGAAUCCAAAGGAAGUGAAGGGAAAGAAAAACUCAACAAAAGCACAAAAAGUCCAUAAAGCAGAAGCCACUGAUUCAAACAUCAAUCAAGACUCUCUUCUUUUACUGAAAGGUCACAAGCAGCCCCAGCUAAAAGUGUACAAGUUAGACACUUUAAAGACAUCAGGCCCGACUCAGGAGGAUUCACCUCAUGAUUCGCAGUUCUCAGACAUUUCCAAAGCAGGUGGGAAGAAAAAAGGUACAAGAACCCAGAAAAACCAGAAGGGUCUCUCCCUGUUGUCGUCACUACAAGCUACACGUCAACAACCGCAAAUAAUACCCACCAAGCCAAAGACCACCAGGAAGCGUAAAGCAUCUUUGAAUGUUGAAACUGAAGGCGUGAUUACUUCAAAGCGUGCCUUAGAAUGUAAGGACUGUGGGGAGAAAUUCAGCGAAGUUGCUUCACUUCAAAAGCACAAGACAACAGCACACAUCAUCGAAAGUCCUGGCCUCACCUACACCAAUGGAAACAUCUUUGAGGGUGUCUCUGGAUUUGAUCUUUACCAGCUUCCCAAAGAGCAUGGUGGGGUGGUUAGGGUUAUGAAUGCUCCCACAGACUGGGAUACUGAGACUGAAAUGGGAGAGUUGACGUUGGAAGACCGUGAUCGAAGUGUCUCCUUUCCAGCUUUAAUUCCAUCUCCUUCCCUACAAAUCCCACUUCAGGAUGGUGAAAUGGGUAUCCAUGAACACAAUGGUGACAGUAAAACUGGGAAAGAAGAUCACUUCUGUACCUCUUCUGAACUUCAGUCUUCAUCUGAUGAACCCAAUAAUACAGAGACUCAAUCGAAUGUGACAACUGAAGCCUCUUUCCCUCCCUCAACUGAGCCAAAGGGUUCUAACACGGAAGAACCAGUGGCACCAGAAGAAGAUGCGCAAGAAGAUCCCAGGAAGAACCUCAACUUCCAAGCUAAAGUCCAAGGAAUAGCAGAUGAGGAUAUCAAGGAGGAUUUACUUCUAGAGGUGGAUUUGGUCACUGUUGGAGAGCAGGAGGAGAGAGACGAUGCUGAUUCUCAAAAUGAAUCCAAAAGAGUCUACAAGUCAAAUUGUGAGAUCACAAAUCACAAGCAAGUUGGUAAUGAGACAAGACAAUUCAGUCUAACCUGCCAGACUGUGUCUUGUUCUACCCAUCAGCCAGAGGUCAAAGAAGAGGAGGAGGAAACACUGGUUCAGAGGAGAAAAGAGGCAGUGAAAGAAGUUGUGACAGGUCAGAGCAGAAGAGGAGAACUCAAAAGUGAUUUGAUCUCAAAGACAAGUUCAGGACUGGAGCAAGAUGACGAACCAGAUGAAUGCUGGAUAGUUUAUGAAAAACAACUACUUCGCUCUGGUUUGGAAACAGCUGACCAAGAGAUUAGCACAAAGACACAACCCAGUCCUGAGAUGAAGACCAUUAAAGAUACUCCACCUGCGGCAUCUUUGCCUUCUGUUCAUGCAACAGUUGAAGAAGCUGCUGCGUUCGAGCUGAAAUCCCUUACCGCUGGUGUUGAUGAGGUUAUGAAUCAAAGACGGUUGCAGGGAGAAGAGGAAAGGGAGAGUGACCAGUCUCCUGGCAUCAUCCUGGAAAGGGUAAUUUCCUCUAAGCAAGGACCAACAACUGACAGGGAGAUGAGCUCGGCAACAGGAAGAAGCAAUCAAUCACAGGCUAUGGGUAGAAUUGCCGAGAACGAGGUUCAAGAUCCUGAAGGCCAUGAGAUCAAAGUUGAAGAGAACAGCUCAGACACUGUGGUAGUUGCACCCACCUGUCAAAACAGACAGAGUACCACUGGUGUGCAGCCAAAGCACCAUCAAGACAUAAGAAGCAUCCUGGUGAAAGAGGAAAGCAACUCUGUGGUGAACGGUACCAUGAGCCUGCACGGCAGUAGACACAUGCGAUGGAAUGUGGAACCAGUAAACAGUGAAAACACAGACAUCCCAUUAACGGAGGAUGGGGAAACAACAAGGGACAGUAGUGUCACUCCGGACUUCAAUUCCAACCAGUGCAUCUUUUACCCGGUAAAGGAGGAGGAGAGGGAGGUCUUACUGGGGGCCACUCAAACCAUUACAGAAAGCUCAACCCCUGAAGGGUCUGCCAAUGUAAAUCCGACAGAAUAUCAGAGUGCAGAUUGUAAUGCACAUGAAAGAAGAUCAUCACCGCCGAGCUAUCAAGAGUCGGUAGUCCCAGGUCUCCCAUCAGAACCAAGUGUUGGUGACUUAACAGAUGGACAAGCUGCUUCAGAUUCUGAGUUGCAGAAUCCAUCAGAUCUCCGAGACUUUCUCCUCCAGAGUUCUGAUGACGAAGACACGAGUGGUUUUGAAUUAUCUGAGCCUCAACUGGACAAGGAAGCCGAAAUUAUGGCUUACUUCAACAAGAACCAAACAAGCAGCAAACAGCUACCUCAUCAGUCCUAUUCAAAGAGUUUGCCAAAUUCAGCAAGCCAUCUUCAAGCACCACAUGAUGACAACAGGACAGAAAAGCCUAUAGAUUACUUCUCUGAAUAUUUUAGUUGGGAUACAUGGGUAGAAAUUGCAAGUUGUACGAAUAAACUUUCCAAGAUGCCAAACCCUGUGACAUGCAGAGAGGUCGCACGCUUCGUUGGGAUCCACAUUGCAAUGGGAACCUUAAAGUUUCCCAGUGCGAGGCUCUACUGGGAAGACCUGACGAAGGUGUCGUUGAUAGCUGAAGCCAUCCCACUGAACCGAUUCCUCGACCUUUCUCGGAUGUUGAAACUUUGUUCUUUUAACGAACCAAAAGAAAAUGUUACAGGUCGGCAGAAGGGGGAUACGCCCCGAAGCAGUCAAAGUUUAAUUUCUGGUCAUGGUGACAGUCGGAGCUCAGCAGAGCCAAACAGCUCACAGACAGAUGCUGAUCCGCUGUGGAAGGUUCGUCCAUUAUUGUAUCGCUUCAACGAAGGAUGUCGGUCGCUGAAACAGCCAGGGGAUUACGCCGUAGACCAAUACCCAGUAUCUCUGACUGGGAAGAUUCACAACAACAGACACUCUCUCCAAUCCACUACAUUGAUUGGGCUUAAUGGUUUAAUCACAAACUUGGAUCUUGAACUACAUCCUGCUGAGAACCAAGACUCAGUCGAAAAGAUGGUCCCCAAAGGGAGUACGUUGUUCCUCUGUAAACAGGAACUCUCCACCCCCGCCAUGCUGGAGCGCCUUUUAGCUGCUGGGAUCCAUGGAGCCGGCAGGGUAGAAGGAGCGCGGGGACAUAUUGGGGAUGAGUUUGUGAGCUCUGAUGGGAAGUUGAUGCUGCGCAGAACACACUGUGGCUUCAUACUUUCUACUGCAGGCAACGGCCAGAGGAACAUGGUCUCACUCAUAGACAGCUUUGAAAAGGCCCAGACGUCGGCACGUCUCAGCAGAGAUUUGCUAAAUCUGUACUCUACUCCACUCACGGUCUCUUUGCCAACCUGUUGGCCUCAAGCGGUCCUGUGGCACCUCACAGAUGCGGCCCUGGUGAACUCCUGGCUCCAGUACCGGCAGGAUUACAGAGCGGCAUCUGCCCCAAUGACGUUCAUGGCCUUCAGACUGGAGGUGUCUAAGGCUUUGAUUCUCUCCAGCGGGUUGGACACCCAGGACUCAAUUCCCCCACAGCCUCCUGAGGAGGACGCUCACCAUGCAAGUGAAGCGCCCAGUCCGGGACUGCUGGAGGAGAGUCCUCUGCCAGACUUAACCACCCGGUACGAUGGUACUGGCCACUGGCCGGAGCAGCUUGCAGAGGGGGAAGGAGGAAGGUGUCGCUUUGGGGACUGCCAAAGAACAUCACGAGUGCUGUGCCUUAAGUGCUGCGUCUUUCUUUGCAUCUCUCGCAACCACAACUGCUUUCUGAAUUUUCAUAAUCAAGAGAGUUCGGGAGAGGAGCAGUAAUACUGUCCUCACUCGGUAAAUAAUUGCUUUCUGAUUUAGAAUGUAAAUGUUUUUAUGAAGUAUGUGAAAACUGCUCCCCCACUCUUACAUUUUUUACAUGAUGACUUUUACUGGCAGUGCCAUGACUUUGUUGUACUGAUGCGAUGUAGAUGAUACAACUACUUUGUCAAGGCUUGUUAACUCACUGGGCAGAUGUAAAUAGAAUUUUUCCUUUAGAUGGAAUUUCACAAAACAGAAAUUAACCAAUCACUGUUUUGCAAAAUAUUACCAGGAAUGAUUUUUUUUAAAUUGUUUUUUCAUAUCUUUUACAUGAUUCAGUUAUACGUCCAUGAUGAAAUUUUCCAACCCAUACAUUUUUGUGUUAUUUAUUCCAAAUAAAAAAACAAAAAAAC